AUGAUGUCCUCGAAGUCUCUCAGUAUGGAGCGCCUCCUGAAGAGCAUCGACGUUAUCAGAGCCACCACCCGGAUUCCGGAGAGGUAAGUUGGCCUACCGGAACCGGGGAAAGUUGAACUCACCACACAUUGCUGCUGUUUGGCUGACUCGAUCGCCACCGAUCAGACAAAGGGUCUGACGGAUUUCGGGAAACUCUUGAGCUCAUGCUUCGAAAGUUUUUUCAUCCUGGCGGCGCACUCGAAUGCCGACGUGAGACUGGUGGCUUCAGAGUGCCUAUCGAUUACCAUUCAGCGUCUCCUGGAGAGUCAUCUGUCUAGGAUUCAAGCGGAGCUCUACAAAGAAAUCAAGAGGAAUGACCAUCCGCGGAGGAUGUCCUUAGCCCUUGCGAAGUUCGCGGAACUGGCUCCAUUGAUCAAACACGCAAAGAGGCGGCCUUACUGUGUCAAUCUUGUGCCUUGUAUCUUGAAAAUCCUACAACGAAACGACGAAGAGUCUUUGCAAGAGUCACUUGCGGACGCUCUAGACAAAAUCCUGCCCGUACUCGGUCCGUACACCAGCCACGAAGAUGUCACUCAGCUCACAACCUCUUGCACGACCCUGCUCACAUCUUCCAGUCAAUUGUCUAUGGUCCGGGUCGCGUCGCGAAUCCUCGUGUGCUUAGCUUGUCAGUGCCGCAAAAGUCUCAACAAUUGUGAAUAUCUGAGUUCUACGCUCGUAUCGCACAUCCAUAGGAACGACAUAGAAACCCUGCCUGCGGCCCUUGUUUGUUUACGGUAUCUGACCAAAGAGUAUGAAUCUGUCGGAAUGGAAUCGGCUGAAAUCGAAGAGGCGUUUUAUUCCGUUUUGCACUGCGCAACCAUCCUCGACGAGUCGUCCACCUCACUUUGUUCCUCGGCACUCGAAUGUAUUCGCGAGAUGCUCCGGAGGUGCCCGAAACUUUUGGAGAAGUCAAGCGGUCAGGUGACCAUUAUAACGUCGAACAGCGUUGAUUCUAAAGUUUGCAAUUGCAAAGAACAGUGCCCAUUAGUGACCCUGAAAGAGGAGAUGAAUUCUCGACCAAUUUCGCAUUUCGUCGUCGCUCUACUCCGUAGGAAGUACCUCCAGAAUGCCGAUCAGAAGGUUAGCCUGAGAAGCUUGUCCUUGACUUGCAUAUCGCGAUGCCUCGAAGGUGAGGCAUCUGUCCUCUCGGAUCUUGAGGAGGUCGUCGAUUCAGCCCUGGCAGAGAGCUCAGAAGACUCCCAGCUGAUAGCAAACGCUCUGCACUUGGGGGCAAUCGCUGCCAAGAUUUGGCUGGAGCGAGGUGGGUACUCGUACCAUCAAUCCUCAGCUGUCAAGCGAGUCGUUUCGGCGAUCGUGAUCAGGCUUCAAGACAAAGAUCCGCUCUGUCAGAAGGGAGCCCUGGAGGCUUUGAAGGUUUUCCUCGAAAGAUAUCUGAAAAUUGCGAGCGAUGAUGAGGUGGUCAACCUAGUCAAUGCUUUGUAUCGGAUGCGGACCUCUACAUAUUUUCUAGUCCGAGUGACGCUCUGCGAAGUGAUAUCCGACGUGCCCUUCGCCUAUUUGCGAAAUUCAAAGGUCAUGCAGAAGCGCCUUGUGAGUGCCGUUCUCAUGUCUGAGGAGUUCCUUGGUUCAGAAGACCAGCGAGUGAGAUUAGCAGCCGCAAAAGCCAUACGGAUAUGCGUGACAACGAUGAACAAUUCAUCCUCUCGAGCAACUUUAUGCCUCGCCCAAAUUUCGAAAGGCGAGCACCACGUUCAAAAUGUAGCCGCUCGGAAAAGGCUCCAGCAACAAAAUCUCAGCUUCGUGCUUAGCAAACUGCGUUCCAGUUUGAUGUUGGCCGAGGAUAAGCACUACAUGGAUGGAUUACUGUCGACUCUGAACUGCCUUUUCGAGACUUUUCCGCCGACGGAAUUCGAUUACAAUCUCGGAGUAGGUUUCGUAGGUCACCUUGAUCAUCUCAUGACCUGCUCAACGUACAUGCACGACACCGGCGUCCAUUCCUUAAUAUUGUCUAUUAGUUGUAAACUCAUCGUUGCGCAAGGAACAGAAGUGGCUCGACUGAAUAACAAUGGCUCGAGCAUGGCAACCGAAUUAUGGCCAAUUCUGGCCGGGGCGGACACGUUGAAGGCAGAACUCGAGCUGUGCCUCGAGCACACGCUGCGUGUAAUUGGUUUCUUUGCGGACGCAGCUCAAAAACCGAUCAAUAUGACACAGAGAUGGAUUCCGAAGUCAAAUGACAAACCCUUGAUUCCAAACCUGGAGAGAGAAGAUAGCGAUCUCUUGAGAGUCAAAGAGGCUGAGACAGCUGACCCAUUCUUCCUGUCGAGGGAAAUGCUUUACGCGAAACUGCAGGAAGGCAUUGCGACAGCAAUUACAGCAGCGGUGCUGAACGUAAGUCUCACUUCAUCGACGACGCCAUCGUUCCCGCUUCUCCAAUCGUGUCUGACGGCGGUCGAUUCUCUUUUGACUCUCUGCCUUCUACCGGAUUUUACUCCGCACAUUCAACCCUUAGUGAGCAACAUGCAUGGUCUGUUCCCGUUUGCACCGGCCGCCAUCGUCAAGACGACCACCGAAGUUCUGAGAACUUUGUUUGCAACUAACUUCGCUGGCAUACAUUCCCGGACGGAACUGAGUCCGCAUUCACCUUCCCAAACCGAAGUCUUCAUGAGUGAGGCGCGAGACCUCUAUACAGUGCUCAUCGACGAGCCGUAUUUACAGUUUGCCAAGCAGGUCAAUUGCCAAUCGGCGCCAAUCCAGUCAAAUUAUCCGAUGGGCUACAAAUGGUAUGAGUCUGCCCACAUUUUACCGAAAACCGUGCGCCAAGCUGCCAAUGUCAAAUCAGCGCUAGCUCCUCAUAUCAGGGUGUUUGAGCCGGUCGUGCAGCAAGCUCUGAAGUACUACAUUCUCUUGGCGUCGCCGGAUCUCCAAGAAGCGGUGCUCCGGAUGCUCAUCGAGCUCGAAGGUGCUAAACAUUCUUCACUCAGUCAACUGAAAACUCUGCGGCCGCCUUCUAGACUUCAUGCGUAACCAAUCGAGUGCUUGCAGGGUCGAAUCAACUAUACGCUGCUGGACGCAGAUCAGAAAUUCCUGAAGUACAUCGUGGAGCAAUUUGAGUUUUUCGACGAGGGAAUGUUGUCCCCAGCUCACAGUGGUCAGCAGAUAUUACCGAAACUUAUGGAAUUCCUCCUGCUGUUAGCCAAAGAAAAGUAUUCGUCGAGACUCGUAGUCUCCGUGUCGAAGAUAUUUGAGAUCUGCGAACGUUUGCUCGCACCGGGCUCGCCUCUCAGCGGUAGCGGGCUCUCGUUCGUCGAACCCCUCGUGAAGGAUAUUUUCUCCGGCUCCGUCGAAGAUGCGGAAAAUAGCCGGGAAGCCGUCCUCCGGCUCGUCGAGAGACACUCGAGCUCUGUCGCGUGUCUCCGUCUUCUGACCGAGAUAAUCAGAGGAUACGAGAUGGCCGAGGAUCGUUGGCGCAAAAUUUCUCGGGAUGUGGCCGAUAUGGUCCUCAUCAAGUACUCAAAAGGGGAAAUCCCUAUCAACGACGUCAGCGAGCAUAAGGUCUUGGAAGAGCUUUUUUGUGCGAUGCCGUCCAGCGUGUUCCGUCCGAUUGACAUCAUCCUGAAGGCGCUUUUUGUCACUGCGAAGAACAGUGAUGUCAGCGGAACGAGUUAUCUGUCGUUGCUCAUCCUAGUUCUUAGGAUCGUUCUGACUCACUCCGAAGAAGAUAUCGUCCUUGAUCGGCUCCAAGACUUCCGAGAAGACCUGGAUUUUCCCGUCGACACGGAGAUGACGCUCAAGAAAAGUGAUCUGCUUGGCGUCGAACAGAAACUUGCCGAUUAUCUGGUUUGCGUUCUCCUGCACACAGUGAGCUUAUCGCUGACCGAGACAAAUGUAGUGAACUUCUCGACGUUGCUUCUGUCGGAGCUCACUUUCAUACUACAAUCCGGCAAAUUUCCAAAGUUGUGUAAUGCCCUCUUUGCGGUUCUCGUUGAGAACACGGCUCUGAUCGAGGAAUACAGUCGGAAACUGCUCCCAGCACUAAUCGACAGGGCCUAUCUCGUCAGUCAAUGGUGUCACCUCUUGAUGUUGACCAAUCAAACAGGAGGGAUCCAUUCUUGGUGGGAGCAGCUCAUCACCUCCAGAGGGCGUAAUUUGCUAUCAGAUCUCUUUUCGGAAACAGCCAUGGUUCUACUUUCGGACUUCUUUGACGACAAUAUCGAUCAAUCGGAAGCUGAGCUGAAGGAAUUCAUCGGGACAAACGCUCAGUCUCUGGUCGAAUUGAGUCGCGAACCUCCGGUGCAACAGCUCGUAGCAUCGGUUCAUCGUCGUGAAGAACUGAGCGGCUUCUUCAACGAGCAAUGCUGCCAACCUCUUCUUAGCUCAAGAAUUUCGAAUGUCCAUAAUUUCCUGAAUUCCGUAUCCAAGAGCGACCCCACUGGUCAGGGACCGAUCGUCAGCUUCCUUUUCGACGAAACAUUCCCACUGCUGCCAAGCAACACUCGCCAAGCGGUUCUAGAUAUUUUCGAGCAAAACUUCCGCCGGCAUCUCCAGCAGGAGCUGUGGGAUCGACUCACUGUGCUGGUGUUGACGGCGUCUGUGAGCGAGCUCCGGAGGCUCAGUCUGGAUCUAGCCAGUCCCGAAGCUGUCGGCGAAUACUUCUCGCGUGGCCUCAACUCGACGGAAGAUGACGAGGAGUUCUUCUUGAAAUACAUUUGCGACACCGAGGAUCCGCUUGAGAUUUGUGAAAUCCUCCAGAAACUGAGCGAGAAUCUGGUCGAUACCGAAAAACCGGUGGACAAGAUAUUUGCAGGCAGCUCUGAUUUCCGGAAGCUCCAGCUGGCCGCAGUGGCCCUCGAGCAUGCGCCUGUCACGGUGUGUUUCUUCAGAAAGGGUGUUUCUCUUCUCAUGAAAGACAUCCCUAACGAUGAACUACCGAUGUAUGCCCGGGCUUUCGUCGCGUAUUUGAAAAGGGCCAAACCUCAGCAAAAAAUUGAGCUCCACGAACGUUCCAAAGAACUUUGUUCCGCCCUGAUGGACCUUGCGAGCAAACUCGUCUCCGAUGGGUGUGGGAGGAUGUCACUCUUGCAGCGAACGCUAACAUGUCUGGCGGAGGUUAUGGAAGAAGCCGAAAUUCAGAAGUAUCUCGAAGCUCAGUGCAUACUGUCUAUGAGCAGCAUCCUGCACAAAUAUAUCACGCACUUCACACCGAUUGAAGAAGUCUUCGUCGGGAAGGACAGCGAACACUCUGCGAGCAUCGUUUGUUCUCUGCUAUUGAACUGGUGCGAAUCGCCCACCGACAUUCCUCUGUCGAAGGACAUCUUGAAGUUGGUCAAGCUCGUGGCCACGUCGUGCGUCAACGACUUCGUUCUACCACCCCACUCCACGCUCGAGGAUUGGCCUCGACAACCUGUGGCUUGUGAGCUUUACUUGGACGUUCAGCUCUUAAAACAGUAUAUGUUCCGAUGUAACUUUAUCGGUUGGUCAACACGCACGCAGUUCGAGGAAAUCUACGUCACUCUGCUGGGUGUCGUGAACACUAUAACGGAGGACUGCUGUAACGAUGCCGAGGCAGUCCAUGAGAUGCGCGCCGUGAGACGCUAUGGCUUGAAAGCCAUCACUUCGUUGAUACUGCAAUGCCUCAGAGCUCCAGUUCCUUCAAAAACUCGGCGUUAUGUACACACGGGCCGGUGUACGCACGAGUUUAUCCAUCUGAUGGCGAUGAAUGACACCGACCCGAAUUCAUUCGACGUGAACUUGGAACGCGUUACGUGGCCUCCUGGGAAAUACGGACUCGGCCAGCUUAGCUCUCAGCUGAAGAAAGCCUCUUCCCCGACAAAAGCGCACGAAGGAGAGGCGAAGGACGCAGCGAGAAGCAAUAAUUGGCAAAUCGCUAUGAAGGUUCUCGACCUCGGUCUGACGUCAUGUUUACAUCUGAUUCUCGACAUCACAGACCAAUGGCUCAAAAACGAUCUCUGUGAUUACCAGCUGCGAAUUGCCAUUUACCGAUGUCUGCUGCAGCUCAGCGAUUUACUGACCCAAGAACAAUUGGCGAAAAUUGAUUUGGAAUGCUUCCGCUUCGGCGAUUACCUCUUCAAAGACGAUAGCGUCCUGAUCCCGGUAUUUCUCAUGAUGAUGGCCAAGGUUUAUUCCACCCCAUCCAGCUCAGCAUCCGAUGUAGGUUCCACGCAACGAUUCAAUUUAUUGACAAACUUGGAACGGGUCAUGGAAUACAUCACGAAGCACGAACGGUACUCCUUCAAACAAUACGGAUUCAUGUGCGCUGUGCUGUCGGUUUUCCGGCAUCUACCGCCGAUACGAGUCGAGACGUCAAAGCUCAUCAUCGAUACAGUGCUUGCCACCGUCCGUCUCAAUGUGGGGACCGUGUGCGAGCCCACACUGAUCCUGACUCGUGCUGCCGCUUUCUAUCUCGUCGAGUCGGCUCGGAGAGAACACGACCGGGAUGUCUUAUUGAGUGCGUGCAUAGAAACGCAUCUCAAGGAUACCCGGAAUCUCAUCAUAACUAGUCAACACGGCAUCCGCCAUCUGCUCCGGAGUCGCGGAUUGGAACAAUGGAUUAGAACGAGUUUGUUCAAGAACUUCGAAGUAUCAAUAAAGAAGGGAUCCCGAGCAGUCAAUGUCGAGCAAGUCGAGAAUCUCCAUCUGAUCGUCAGCCUGGAUCUACGCGACCAGCACGAGAAACGAGCCCGUAUGGGUUACGAUGCCGCUACUUUAUCAGCUCCAGCCAUCGACAGCGAGGCCUUGGCCUUACUCCUUGAGAAAUCGAUGAUGCUUUUCGAUUUCGUGAGGUCGUCCCAGAGUUACCCACUCGGCAAAAUAUACUGUCGAACUCUCUGCUCGGUUUAUGAGCAAUUGCCAUUCUCCGAGGGCAUCAGCAAAGUGAUGAGUGAGCUGCUUUCGAACGCGCAGCCAUAUCCCGAACUGCUCAUGAUUACACUUAAUAGGUUGUACUCGUCGAUGAUCGAGACCAAAUGUCAACUGCACCUGGUCGAGGAUUGGCUCCUCUUAUCGCUACACAACCUCACGCAGAGGUGUUCAUCCAGUGUUGCCCGAUGGAACUUGCUCUGCUGCCUACUUUCUGCACUCGAGGACCCUAUGCUCCGGUCGCUAAUGUGCACCGUGGUUCACCGGUACCAUCUGGAUCAGACAGAGGACUGCAAUGAAGCUCUCCUGAUGCAGGCUGCUUCAAGCCUAGCCCGUCAGUUAGCGAAAAGCUCGAAGAAGGACCAGUUGCUCGGAGUGCUCGCGUCGGGAUCGAGUCCUCCGUUUGUCCGAGGCAUAUACACUCAUCUCUGCAGUCAAGCGCAAACAAAGACAAUGCAUUCCAAAGGGGAGGGGACCCAAUGA